AUGAGCAAAGUAGGAGUAUUCUAUACAACAAAUGGAAAAGAAAUCUGCUACUGCACUGAUUGCAGAAAGCAAGUAAGAACAAAAAGUGAACAACAAUCUAUUAGAGGAAUAAACAUUAUAUACUUCUAUUUGUUGGGAAUAAUCCAACAACUGAUAUUAGAUGCCAAAGGUGUACAAACUGAAUCAUAUUUUGAAUCAUACAAAAAAUCAAUAAUAAUCUUUACAAAGAAAAUAAAACAGAAAAUAUUUUUCUUUAAGAACCUUACUGAAGAAUAUGAAAUUCCACAAGAAUAUCAUAAUAGAUUAAUAGAUACACUUCUUGCUGCCAAUCUCAUUGCCAAUGAAAUAGCAAACAUAGAUAAUGACUACUUAGAUGAGAUUUAUUUCAAAAUAAAUAAUAUACCCCAACCAGAUACAAUAUAUACAGAAAUAAUCAAAUAUUUACAGAGCAUCUAG